UGUCAUUGUCAUUAUAACAAAUAAUUGAUUAACACCAAUUUUAUACACUUAAUCAUUUUUUAAUAUAGACUAUACUUUAUUAUUAAUAACUAAAUGACUACAAGCAACAAAAAAUGGGUUUCACCAAAACUCACUCCAGAUUGGGCACACAUUGAUAUCGGCAGAAGAAAAUCCAUAUUUCGUAGAGUGGGAGAAAAUGUCCAUCCUGGUCUAAUCAAAUAUAUACGACCUAAUGAACAUUUUGUUACUGGAAGUAGCUACCAGGGUUUUUGGGAUUCUUUAGGAUUUUCUGGACAAGGUACUUAUGUUUAUCCUCAUGGGGCGAUCUAUCAGGGAAAUUUCAAAGAUGGUCAAUUUCAUGGAAGAGGUACUAUAUUGUACCCUCGUGGGCAUAAGCUUAAGGGUUUAUGGGAAAAGGGCAAACUAAUUGACAAGAUAUUCGUAUUUGGCGAUGGCUUAGAAGUAACUGACCCCUGGACCUACUGUCAAAUGCCUGAUAGAAGAUUUCAGACUGAGUUUAAUACCGCCUUACGAGGCGCUGGCGGAGAAUAUUUGACAAACAAACAGCCAACUGUUGAAAUACCUGAAGGCUGCUAUGAUACCAUUGAUGGAUUUUAUGAUCCAGGUCUUCGAAGUGUCUUUAAUUAUCCCGAACAACCCGUCAAAAUAACCCAUAAAAAUGAAAAAGGAGCGGAUUCCUUAAAAAGAAUUUGCCAACAAGAAGAAAGUGCGACCAUUGAAAAAUUCUACAGAAAAGCAGAACUAGAGCCAAUAGAAUACAGACCGGACCUCUAUGAGUACUGGACAACCGGAUUAAAAGCCGAAGUUGAAAAAAUUAAGACAGAAUACCAAAAUCUUAAAGAAAAUAAGGAAGAAAUCACAACGGUGAAAGACGAGGAAUCUUUGAAAAAGUAUAUGGAUUUAGAAUAUGAGCCAGAUCCUAAAGUGACUGUAAUUUACGAAAACUUUAAGUAAUAACAACUAGAGGUGACAAUGUCAUAUAUUAUUUUUAAGCUGUAUAUUUUUAUAUGUAUUAAAAAAGUGAAUAUAUUAAAUCACACAGUU